AUGAAGGGAAUUAUGCGGUUCGGUAAGAAAGGCAAGUUGUGUCCGAGAUAUUUAGGCCCUUUCGAUGUACUAGAAAGGAUUGGAGCUGCAGCAUACAGGCUAGCCCUCCCACCCCAAUUGUCGGCUAAUCACAAUAUUUUCCAUGUCUCUUUGCUUCGAGAGUAUGUUCCGGACCCUACACAUGUACUAGAGUACGAGCCUCUCCAAGUCUACGAGGAUUUGACCUAUGAGGAAUUUCCAGUUGGGAUUCUUGCACAAAAAGCUCAAGUACUUCGCAAGAAGACCAUUUUGAUGGUCAAGAUGGGCCUUGUCUUUGCUAGCCAGAUCCUUGUUCCUUUCAGCACCUUGAGUUAG